GAACUUCAUGCACCACUUACUGUUGUAGCUGAUGGACUUUUCUCCAAGUUUAGAAAAAACUUGGUCUCCAACAAAGUUACCGUUUCGUCCCAUUUUGUUGGUUGCAUUUUGAAGGAUGCACCACAGUUUAAAGCUAAUUAUGCUGAACUUGUUUUAGCUAAAACUAGUCCAGUGCUAAUAUAUAGGAUUUCUUCAACUGAGACUCGGGUCCUUGUUGAUAUUCGAGGGGAAAUGCCAAAAAAUUUAAAAGAAUACAUGAUUGAGAACAUUCAUCCACAACUACCUGAUCACUUAAAGGAACCAUUCAUAAUAGCAGUUCAGAAUGAUCGUUUAAGGACUAUGCCAGCCAGCUUCUUGCCUCCUUCAGCUGUUAACAAAAAAGGUGUUCUUCUUUUAGGAGAUGCAUAUAAUAUAAGACACCCUCUAACUGGUGGAGGAAUGAGUGUUAUUUUAAACGAUGUUAAAAUCUGGAGAAGUUUGCUCCAGGAUAUUCCAGACCUUUAUGAAGAUUCUGAUGUUCUUAAGGCAAAAAGAACAUUUUACUGGUCAAGAAAAAAAUCUCAUUCUUUUGUAGUGAAUGUUCUUGCCCAGGCACUUUAUGAACUCUUUGCUGCCACAGAUGAUUCCUUGCAUCAGCUAAAGAAAGCCUGUUUCCAUUACUUCAGACUUGGUGGAGAGUGUGUCUCGGGUCCUGUUGGACUGCUGUCUGU